AUGAAAAGCAGUGCACAAAAUGGCUUGAUUCUUGGCCUAAAAGCUGUGGUAUACGCUUGUUUAGGAAGCUUCAACUGCAUUUUAAUUUCACAGAUGAUAGAGCUUGGUUUAGACUUGGAGGCAUCAACCAGACCAUUCUUUUGGGUACUAAAAGCAAAUGAUCAGCAAGAAGAGAUAGAGAAAUGGAUUUUGGAAAGUGGUUUUAAGGAAAGAACUAAAAGCAGGGCACUCUUGAUAUAUGGUUGGGCUCCACAGGAACUCAUAUUGUCACACCCUUCACUUGGAGGCUUUUUAACUCAUUGUGGUUGGAACUCAACCUUGGAAGGGAUUACUUGUGGUAAACCAAUUAUAACUUGGCCCGUGUUUGCUGAGCAGUUCUAUAAUCAGAAGCGGAUUGUUCAAGUUUUGAAUGUUGGUGAGUGUGUGGGGGUUAAGUUUGUUGUUCAAUAUGGGUAUGAAGAAAAGUUUGGAGUGUUGGUAUUUAGGAAAGAUAUCGAGGAAGCUAUAUAUAAAGUAAUGGGAGAAGGUAUAGAAGGAGAAGAUGGAAGAGAAAGAGCAGAAAGGCUUGGUGAUACGGCAAAGAAGGCAAUAGAGGAAGGAGGAUCUUCGUAUCUCAACAUGAAGUUGUUCAUUGAAGAUAUUAGAAAGAUGCAUAUUUCAUAA